AACAAUUUACUUACAAACAGUGGGUACCUUAUGUGUAAAUGACCCUAAAUUGAUUUUAAUCAGAAUACAUUUUAGACAGCAAGUAAUUUAAACUGCUCAUUAAUUAACGUUACCCUGAUGUUUAUUUAGCCAGCUUUGGGAGAUGUUGGUUAGCUUGGGGAGAUUUGUAUGACUAAGGGGUGUUUUUUGAGGAGGGUUCCUGAGCAUACAUGGCAACCCUGAAGGCCAAACCAUCGUCGACACUGAGAUAACCUACAGCAGAGAUGGACGGCGGGAUCGCAGGAUCGAAGGCUUUCCUUUUGUUCCUCAGUUUAAUAUUUUGGGCUGCAGGAGCUGUACUUACAUAUGUCGGCGUUUAUGUUAUAAGCAGCUACAAGAACUUUGACGAAUUCAGGGUUGACAAAUACAGCGUUAUUCCUGCAGCCAUCAUUCUUGCUGUGGCCCUGGUUCUGUUCAUCAUAGGCAUUAUUGGCUGCUGUGCAACUCUGAGGGAGUCUAAAGUUGGCCUAGGCUUUUUUCUACUCUUCAUUUUGCUGUUAUUUGCUGCAGAGAUCACUGCCAUUGUGUAUGGUUUCAUCUACAAAGGCAAGAUAAGUGCAGAUUUGGUCAAGUCAAUGAUUGAAGUCUUUGAGAAGUACGGCGAGCCUUCUGAAACCCGGGCGGUGGAUAUCUUGCAGUCUCGGCUGGAAUGCUGUGGAGUGCAGAACUACUCUGAUUGGCAAAGCUGGCCAUGGUUUGGUUCUCAUAACAAUUCUGUGCCUCAUUCAUGCUGCAAAGCAAACCACACGUGCAAUGCAAAGUUUGACCAGCCAGAGCUACUGAACACAAAGGGAUGUUUACCUAACUUUGAGCAGCUGCUGCAGAGUGUGCUGAAUUAUGCCAUGUUGGUCACCUUCGGAUUUGCCAUCAUAAAGUUUAUUGGCACGAUCAGCGUUUGUACAAUCACCUGCCGAAGACGCAGAAAUGACUACCAGCCACUGUAAAAUGUUCUGUAAAUCACUUUAGCUUCUUCAUUACUAUUAAUAAGACUGACAUUCCUUAUAAACCACAUUAACAGUAUAAUCACACUUCACAUAUUUUUAAGCAAGAAUCUCACUAAAGUUUAGAGAAAUAUAGAUAACUCAUCAAUAAUUGCCAACCCUUUGUAAAAGGUUAUGCUUUUGGUUUAAUAUUGUGCCUUAGACAGUGCACCUUACUAUGUGUUUUUCCCUUAACUUUCCUGAAAGAUGCACUAGCAUGUACUUUCCUAUGAUUUUUAAACUCAAUUCAACUUUUUUUAUAAGCAGUAAAUGUAUCAUAAUUUAAAUUUCAAGUAAAUAAACGUUUUAGUCUAAAGGUGUUAUGUAAAUGUACACUUUAUGUAUUGUCAUGUUUAGUUGCUUAGUGGGUUAUAAGUUACUGAAAAUAACUACACUGCAAAAGCUCUUACGCAUCAGAGAUCACAUGUUAAAUGCUAAAAUCCUCAUGUUUUAAUACAUCAUUACUGAAAUAAAUGAAAUAAAGUUUUCACUUAAUUAA